AUGGUCAGCAACAAAGAGCAGCUGAAGAAAGAGGCAGAGGCGUCGGUUUCACUGUCUGAAGCGGCUCCUGAGCCGCAUAUCGAGACGCACCCUGAGCCUGUCCCUAGACCAAAGUCCCCGUUCUCCCAGGCAAUGGAGGAGCUGCGGGAUGCCUUCCCGGACGCUGACGAGCCUGUCAGACGUGCUGUGCUUGUGGCAGCCAGUUGCCGGCUAGAGCGUGCGUUCAAUGGAAUGCUUGCUCUAUCGGAUGACACAAUUCGCCCCAGCCCGCCUACUCCUGUGGCCAAAGACAACCAAAUCGCUCGCGAUGAAGAGCUGGCCCGUCAGCUGGCCCGCGAUUAUAGAGCGCCUUCAUCGCGCCAGUCCGGUGACGAGCGUCGCAGGAGCUCUGAUCGGAGUGGAUCGCGACAGUAUUCUGACCUGGAGCACGACGAUGACAGCUGGGAUAACUUUUCCGAGAACAUUCGCCAGGGCUGGACCGAGACAACAAAGAAGGUGUCGUCGCUGUUUGGCCAAUUGCGUGAGCGGAUCCAAAACGAGAUGGCGGAUCCUUAUGAGGAUAAUGAGCGUGAUUUGUAUGGUGUUCCGGAGCGCCGCUCUUCACAUCCCCGUCGAGGCUCUCCUCGUUAUGAGGAUGCCCCGCCCCCGCCCCCUCGUCCCCAGCGUACGGUCAAGCCUGUGAAUGCGUUUGGCGAAGAGCAAGCGUCUAGAUGGCAGCCUCUUCAAGCCAGUGAGACUAGCGACGCAUUCUUUAUUGGCGAGAGCGACUCUGAUUUGGAGAGUUUAACUGGAGACGGCGAGCCCGGGGAAGGCAAGAGUGCCAGGGCGUCCAAGACUGAUUUGAGGGAGACCGGUUCGAAGUCUGAUUCGAAGGGACCCAAGGCCGAUUCCAAGGCCGACUCAAAGGAGCCUAAGACUAGUUCAAAGACUGACUCUGCCGACUCAAAGGGGCCCAAGACUGCUUCCAAGGACGGUUCAAGCGACCCAAAGAAGUCUAAGACUGGUGCCAAGACCGAUUCGAAGGAAUCCGACUCAAACGCCGACUCAGAUGAUACGAACAAGGUUGAAGAAUCAGAGUCCAAGGAUCCCAAAGACAAGAACUCCAAAGAAUCCAAAGACAAGAACUAG